AUGCCCAGUUCAAAGAACAAUGGCGCGGGAGAGAUGGGAAAUAGAUUUGGGCGUCCAGAUCUUGAUCGGAUCGGGAUUUUCAGUGAAGUCCCAUACAUCUCAAUUGGUGACAAGUACAAUGAGAAAAAGAAUGACGCUUUCUUGAGUUAUCGAACGAACGGAAAACAGUUCAUUACAAACCCUCCCAAGAAGGGACAUGACACAAAAGAUGUUUUCUUCGACAAAGAGUUCAUUCGAGUGUUUGAGAAUGAGCCAUAUAUUGAUUUAGUAAAAUUACGACGACGGUGGAGAUUGCAAGCAAAGGAGAAGAAUAUCGUUCCAGCUCCGUUUAGACCGUCCAAUGUUCCCCCAAAGCCAUCCGGGAGUGGAUCACCCUGGGGGACGUUCGAGCACCAAUGGCCUCUUGAAAAGAACGAGAGCGAAGAUCGCCCUUCCUUUACAAGCGAACGAGAACCACCUGAAAGGGAGGCGCUGGUGAACUUUCUGACGCGCCCACCCAAAAAGGGCGGUUUUGGUUAUGCGAAUGUUACCAUCGGGAAACCGUAUGAAUAUAUUGGGGAUCCAUAUGAUGGGCCUGAUAUCGUUGCAAGGAAAGACCGGCAGGAACAUCAACGGAAGGUUGUGGGAGAACGGCCCUUCAUUUCGAGCAGCUCGAAACUACAGUAUUUUAGUCCGUUUGUAUCUUUGUUGCAGGCGCAAGCGGGAGCGAAAGCUCGUUCCAGCAAAGGAUUAAAGAAGAGCGGCAAGCUUCCAGUCAUUCAAACUCCUUUCAAACCUUCCUCAGGUGUUGGAUUUACGAUUAACAAAUAUCCGAGUUAUGAAGCCCCACAAGCUCCUAAAGGGAAGAAAGGUAAAGACGGCGAAGAGGAAACAGUGGUGCCGAGGGGUGCUGCAGCAAAGGCUCCGAAGGUCAACCUCAUAUUCCGACCUGGCGGAAUACCAAAAAGCUAUCCUGUUCGCAGCAUCAUUGACAGUAACACACCUUUGGCGCCCCCUCCUUGGAUACAGGAAGCCCUUGUGAGCGCAAAUGUGACUGUCGGUGGCUCCCUGGGAUAG